UGAAAAUGGACCCAAACGGUGACUUACAAUUUGAGAAACUAUAUCGUUCCAAAGGUACACUAAUAAAGACAAGAAACUUGCCAUAUAACAUUAAGAAGAACAAGUUGCAGAGGUUGACCUUUAGUCCUGAGAUAAGGAAUCCGAACUCCCGUUUGUUGGAAGAGUCAAUGGGACCAAUGUCUACUAUCGACGAGGAUGAUAGUCUUAAGCCUCACAAUGUCAGUAAAUUCAUGAUUCCUCCACCUAGCCCUCUGUUCACAUUCGAUGAGGAUGAUAAUAAGUACAGGCUCGAGAUAAAAAAGCAGAAAGUCAAUAAGCUUGACAAGUUGAUUUCCAAACUUGAUGCCAGAGUUAAGGAGAUCGAUGACCUUCCUCCUGUGUUCUGAAGUGCAGACUUUAGACAAAGGAUUAAUAGACUUGGUAUGUAAAUAGAGGUUGGUCAACUGUUUUGUUACAAAAUCCAUAAGUUGUCUCUCAUAACAACAACCAAAAUCUAAGAGGUUUAAAUAUUUUACAGCAAACUGGGUUUUACAUUAAUUAAUGGUAACAAAUUUGUAUCAGCUGUGAAUUCUCUUAGGAUGAUAUCCUAAGUAUGGAUUUUACGAGAAGAUAGCCAAUCAUUGACAGCAAUCUCUAUUUUCACUAUUAGAGCUUAUCAAAAGUUAAACUUUUAAGUCCAAAGAAGCCUCAGAAAUAAUGAUUACCCUAGUAAAUUGCCAACGUUGUCCCCUAAUGUGUUUUAAAGCUUAGUGUUGAUUCCCAAAAGGGACUCUGAUCUUGUAAGAAAUUAUCCUAUUAGUCUUCUAUC